AAAACACCGAGCGACAGCCGUCCAAUCAGCACUCACCUAGGCAACAUCUCUUCCUGGUUGAGUUCCCAUGCUUGAUCUGUGCUUUCCAGAGUCUUCCACGUUUGUUUUCGCAGUUUAAGAGUAAAUACUCUCAUGGCAAAAGACACUAAAAGGAAGAAGUUGAGUUCAGAUGUCAGUGAGGUUCAUGCAGAAGAACAGAUGGACACUAAAAUAAAGAAGAAAAAGAAAAAGAUGGAAGUAGAGGAGGCUCCAGUACAGAUUCCUGAUGUGACAAUCAAAACAGAUGAUAAAGAGAAAAAAACAAAAAAACAGAAGAAAACAAAGAAGACAAAGCAAACUGAGAUUUCGGAUCCACCCUGUCGCCCGGAGGAGACACGCGAACUGGAGGGAGAGGAGGACUUGAGCCCCGAGGAGAGGCGGGUCCUGGAGAGGAAGAUGAAGAAGAUCCUGAAAAAGGAAGAGAAGAAGAGGCUUAAAGCCGAGGGAGAGACCGUAAAGAAGGCCGAAGCAUCUGGACCCACUGCACCUCAGCAUGCCUUAGUUUACCUCACCUGCUGGGCUGAAAACCGCACCGAGUGGAAGUUCCAGAAGACCCGGCAGACGUGGUUACUGCAGCACAUGUUCGACUUUGAGCAGAUUCCAGAUGAGAAGUUCUCCGUGCUGCUCCAGUACCUGGAGGGGCUUCGUGGAACAGCCAAAGACACCACCGUGCAGAAGGCCUUGGCCCUGGUUGAAGAGUCGGGACAGGCACCAGAGGACAAAGCCGUCCAGCAGAGGGCGCACAGAGCCAGAGAAGUUAUCCAGCUGCUCUCCUGAACCCACCACCAUCAAACAAAGGACUUCAUGAAGCCCACUAGAAAGACUGAAACAUGUUUGCUGGUCAGUGGACUGAAUGAUCUCCCCGGUCUCAAGCAAUGUUGUUUUAUAUGUAGUUUUUUUGGACUGGUCCUUUAGGGAAAGGAUGCAUUUUGAUUAAAUUAUCAGUAUUGGUCACAAUUUUUUAUUUUAUUUUGUCUAGGUUACUUUUUGUUCUCAAUUUCUUGUCAUUCUUUGUGUGCAUUAUUGCCAGGUAGUAAUCAGUAACCAAAAUUGUUUUUUUAUAAAGUAUGAAAUCUUUCAUACAAGUUAAUUUUUAUUACAAGCUACACUGUAGCUACUUUUUUCCAACUCCAAAUGUGAAUAAUUCCAGUUUAAGAGAUGUAAAUCCCCCAAAGAUGCAACAGAAAGCUGCGAGACAGCUGCCGGAGUAAAAAGUCUCAGGAAUGUUUGUAGUCGAGACAUGUUUGUGCGUGUCAAAGCCCAUAAUCUGUGAAGUCACUGAUGAGAAUAUCUUUUCUCAUCCACUCCAGGUAUAAGCAUGAUAAACAGUUCUCCUCCUUCUUCCAGCCCAGUAGUUCAUAAUCCAUACGUGUGCGUUUAUGUUUAUCUACUUAUUCAUUCUCAAACUAAAUCUUUCUCCUCACAUUUGUUAAAUGUGCUCAAAAUUCACAUUUCACUUGUGCCCAAAACAGAUAUACAGUAGGGGUCAGGUCAGCUGCAGGCCUCCUGCACUACAAAGGCACAUGUUUUGACUGUUAAUUCAGGUUAUAAUCUUUUCAGGAAGGAAACUGAGUCUCUAUAUGGAAGAGAAGGCUGGAGACAUCACUUCCUGGAUUUAUAAAAAUACACCCAAAUAUAGUACAAUUAAUAUUCCAAAGACACUUAAAAUAAGUUACUUAUACUAUAUCAAGACACAUAAAUAACACUAUAAGCCUGUUAAGAUGUUUUACAUUACUUAUACCUUUUGGUCUGACACGUAUGCACAUAAAAAAUACCAGUUAUAAGUCCUUUUAUUUGUCCAGUUAUA